GUCACUCCAAACUCCUAUAUCCUCUCUUCAUUGGCGGGAUUGAAGUGGAAGCACAUCUUCCCGGGACGUAAAUUUUUGAAUAUGCUACACCAUUCAAUUGUCUUUCAAUUCGAUUCCAAAAAUGCAAAUUGUCCUCCAGAUGGACCAUUUUUCUAAGCAGGUGAUGAGCACAGCGAGUACUCGUUUUCUUUUUUCUCCAGGAUGAGCCUCCCGCGCUCCUUAUCCUGAGUAAAAACGUCCCCACACCAGAGUUGUAAUGCAGAUUUGCAAAGACAGGAAGACUUGUAAUGCGCAUCCCCAUGAGAGCCAUUUCCAAUUGUGUUUUGGAAUUUGUGAUGCUGUGAACAGGAUGAGCAGACGAAUCUGUGACGCGGCUGCACUUGCUAACCUGCACUACACUGCAGAGUGCAAUCUGUCAUGCGUGGCUCACAAAACUCCUAGGUUUGUGUUGCAAAAUCCCCAUCCUGACUCUGGUGUGGGUACGUUUUUACUCAGGAUACUCCUCCUCCGCUUCCGCUGACCAUGGUCCACUUGGAUUACCGGGCUGCGACGGUGAGCCGCGUUGUCGCGACGGCGGGGAGCAUCGCGAACCUGCGGGUGCCGGUCUGUAUCCAGUGCAAAUAUGUCUGGGUCUGGAAGGACGCAACUCGUGCUGCGCAUUUCGGAUCAGACGAAAAUCUGUCAUGCAUGGACAGUAAAAGUAGCGUGCUCGUCGUCAGGAAAAUCCGGGAUUUCUCACGCGAGAUACGAACUGCUUGAAAACCUCCCGAAAACCUGUGAUGCGACGGCUUGCGUGCCGGAGCUUCCUUCUGGGUCAUGCAAAAACAUUAUGACAAGGUCCGCGCUCAUCCAGACCAAGACAUAUUUGCAAUGCAUAGUCUGUCCCGCGGAGUGGGGCGGGGGGUUCUGCGGGGACGAGUUCCUGCUGGGGAAUUCCACAGCCCCCAGUUAUCAAAGUGAAAAAAACAUCCCUCCCAUAUCGAAACGAAGUUUCUGAUGCUGGAUUUGCACACACAAAUCAGAUUUGUCUUGCUGGAGAGGUGGACUGCAGACCCAUAGCAAGCCUGAGCGGAGCGGCUGUGGCAUAGGUGCUUAGCAUGAAGAACGUCCGCACUGUACGCCCAACAGCAUGACAAAACGCCUGCAAAAUGCGGCGGAGACUGUGGAGUUGCCUUCUUGCAAGACAGACGCGAUUUGUGGUCACAAAUCAGCAACGCAAAUUUUCGAAGACGUGACGCGCAAUAUGGGGAGGGGGGAUUUUUCCUUGUGAUGCCAGCUCCGCGAACACCAUUCCCUCCUGCGACGAAGAGUGCCGAACCGGGGACUACGCCCCGGACUGUUAUCAAAUGCGAAUAUCCCUGGAUGUCUGGAAACUUGCGAUGCUGGGUGGCGUAUCAUGAGGAGCGAGGCCACAAGUGCUGGCUCAGCAUGACAAGUUUCGGAGCUUCUAGUUGUUGCCUAUUCUGCAUGACAAACUGCGUUUCUGCAUGACAGAAAAGUGGGGCUCUUGGGUAAUGUGCAUGACAAAUUUAAGAGCCAUGUGAGAAAAGCAUGACAAACUUGCAUUCUUCUAGACCCAGACAUUUCUGCUCUUCCCCGUGCUGUUCCAGAAAGUUCAAGUCGUUCUCUUCCCCGUGCUGUACCAAGGUCUUGUUUCCAGACAAAACACCAGACAUUUCUGCGGUUGAUAACUGUACGCACUUUACCAUUGAGAGCAUCGACGGCAGCUCUAACCGCACCUGCAGUUUUUUCAGAUCCGGCUGCACGCAACCCCUGUCCAAUGUCCCCAAGGACUUGAAGACCACAUUCGCUUUGGAAAGGAAUGUAUCACAUGCAAAAAUGUCUGGGUCUGGAAGAAUGCAAUUUGUCAUGCAGUUUUUGGAGUCUAAAAAAAUUUGUGUUGCAUGACCAGCAAGAGGGGUGCAAUUUGUGCUGCACGGACAGGGCAUUUCUCAUGCGGAAGGUGCAUCAGGAAGCCCUCUAAAAGUCUGCGAUGCUAGCUCAUGCAUUACAGGCGUCAUGGGUCAUGAGAAAUACGCAUGACAAAUCUUGCAUUCUUCCAGACCGAGACACUUUUACAUACGAUAGGGUCUCAACGUCUGCAAGUCCGCGUUCAACAUUCCUCGGAUCAAGGAAUGCCGGGUGGCGAUCGACGGCGGCUGCGUACCGGUAUCAAAUGCAAAUAUGUUUGAGUCUGGAAUAAAUUUGUGAUGCUAAAAUGUGCAUAAGGAAUAAAGCACCUCCCUAUGCAAGAAAGCAUGUGACAGUGACAAGUUUGCAGAAAACUUUCUCAUUCGCAAAUCGGAUGGAAAACUGCGUUUUUUUUUGCCUGCGACUUUUGUUCCUAAUUUCCAGACAUAGCCAUAUCUGCAAUGCAUAGCCGGCUUCCGUCAACAAGACCGAGGAGCAAAUGACGAUCGCCAAGUAUUUCGACCGGGCUUACUCCCUUAUCAAAUGCAAAUAUGUAUGGGCCUGGAAGGUUGUAACUUGUGAUGCUGCCUGUGGAUUCUACAAAAAUCUGUAUUGCAUAAGCAGCAGCAGGAGUCCAGUUUUUGCUACGCGGACGGGGAAUUUCUCAUACGGUAUAGGCAUGAGGAAGCCCUUGCAAAAUCUGUAAGGCUAGAGCAUACAUCACAGACAUAAUGGGUCUUCCAAAAGUUGCAUGACAAACUCCUACACUCAUCCAGACCCAGACAUUUGUGCAUUUGAUAUCCCUAGAAGAGUGUCGGUUUCUGUGCAGCGUGACGGACAACUGCGACAGUUUCUUCCUCACCAAAGCUACCGGCGCUUGCGAGCUGAAAUACGCGGGCUGCGAGGUGGACUUGGACCUCACCGGGGAAAUGGAGGGCUACUACCUCGACCAGUGCACGUAUCCAGGAAAAAAAGUGUGUAAGUCGUGUGAUUCUUUGAUGCAGAAAAUGCAAAACAGGAUCUAUACACUUGUCAUGCUGGUGACCAGACAUGAUACCCUGUCUUCGGACGUUUUUUCUUGCACUAGCUGUGCAUGACAGGAUUUCUCUGGUGCCAUGCAAAACAGGGUUGUCAUGCUGACACCAAGAGAAAUCUACACUAACACAGUUUUUUUACUUGCACAGCACGAUCCGGGGCGAGGUCUGUCCCGCAAAGUUCGUCGGGAACUGCGCGUCCAGUGGGGCGCAAGUCAUCCCGGAAGAGGACCUGUUUAAGCAGACGGGCCAGGUGAACCCCCUGGACACGCGAAUCCAGCGCCCGGUCAGGUUGACGGAUCUGAAGAACUACUGUCGCGGCCGCGGGUUUGCGACGGGGGACGAGGAAAAGCGUAUGUGAGAAGAAGACUGUGUAUAUAAAAGUGUAAGAACUUUGUGUUGCAGAUGGUGCGUGAUAGAGACUGGCAUAGGCGUUUGUUUCACGCACUAUCUCCGCGUGACAAAUUUGUGAUUCUGAUAAAGGAGUUACACUAAAAACACAGUGUUCUUUAUUUUCCUGCAUAAGACGGUGCCAGGGCUUUGCGCGGAGCUCGGAAACGGGGGAGUUGACGUAUUACCAGGGGAAGAGCAACUGCGUCGUGGAGGACCCGCCGUCGACCAAGAGUUUUCUCUUUUUCGUAUCCCGUGUAAAAACGUCCCCACCCCAGAGUUGUCAUGCAGAUCUGCAAACACGAGAGCGCUUGUAAUGCGCAUUCCCAUAAUAGGCAUUUCCGAUCGUGUUUUGGAACUUGUAAUGCUGUGAGCAGGAUGAGCAGAUGGAUUUGUAACGCGAGUUCCCGUGUUAAACUGAACUAUAAUACAGCCUGCAAUUUGUCAUGCGUGACUGCCAAAACUUCGAGGUUUGUGUUGCAAAAUCCCCAUCUUGACUCUGGGGUGGGGACGUUUUUACUCAGGAUAUUUCGACUUGGACACGAUGGACCAGAAGUGCAAGCGCUUCGUGCCCCGCGUGGGCCCGGCGUCGUGCCCGCGGACGUGGAGCCGUGGUUUCUGCGGCAACGCCGCGGACAAGCAGAUCGCGACUGGGGCGGUUUACAACGACAGGAUUUACUCCGUGCAAGAGUGCCGGUACUUGUGCUCCGAGACCGAAGCCUGCGGCGGGUUUUUCUUGCAGCACAAAAAGGCGGCCUGCUGGCUGUUCCAGGAGGGCUGCGAGCCGAGCGGGAACGUGACGGACUUCGACUAUUACGCCAUGAGCUCCUGCAAGCCUUCCACCGACGGGCUUUCCGGGGGGCACGGAUCGAAAAUCGACGAGAAGUUCCUGACGGUCGCGCAGAGCGGGCCGGAGGCGAGCGUGGACCCGCCGCCGCCGACCACCGGGGCGGUCAACGUGCUCCUCCGGCCGGAGAACGACUUCAGCAGCUACGGUUGGGUCACGCUGGCGAACGUGGGGUAUUGCACGAAGACCGGCCCGGCGACGGCGCAAGCGAGUCACAGCUACUGGCGGGUGGAUUUGGACACGAAAAAGUACAUCGCGGGCUUCUCAAUCUUCGCGAACGGGGACCUGACCGCCGAGUGCCGCACGGGGGUGCAAAACGCCCGGAUCAGUUACUACAAGGAAAACUACGAAACGGACGUCAACAGCACCACCUCCUCCGCUGUUUCUUCUUUCCUCAGUCGCACGCAGACUCCGGGGCUGGUGUCCGCGCGCGGCGCCUGGAUCGCGGUCAACCAGCACAUUGACUCCGUGCAACUGCAGCAAUUUGGGGCGGGGAACGCGAAGAAGGAGAUGUGCUUCUGCGGCCUGUGGCUGUACGAGGCGCCGCCGCCGGUUUUGGGGCAGUACUACGUAUCGUCAGAAAAAACUGUUUCACUGUAAGGAUUUUGCAAGUUUUGCAUUACAAGUUCGCUACACAUUACAAAGAAAACUUGCCAUGCGAGGUUCCUAAGGGAGAACACCGCUAAAAGUCACUUGUCUUGCAUGUAUAGCAAGACAAACACUUCAGUGAUGCAUUUUCCGCAUUACAGAUUUACAGUGAAACAGUUUUUUCUUGCGAUACUGCGUGGCCGACCCGCUGCAGUCGUGCGACGAGAAGUGCGCGGAGCUGGGGCUGCCCUGCAACUAUGCAUUGCAAAUAUGUUGUCUGGGUCUGGAGGGAUGCAGCCUGUGAUGCUGAAUGUGAAUUCUACAAUGAAUCUGUAUUGCAUGAACAGCAAAAAAACAGUUCUGAUGCGGUAUAGGCUUCAGGAAGCCCUCACAAAAUCUGUGAUGCUAGGGCAUGCAUCACAGACAUCAGGAGUCAUGCAAAAUGUGCAUGGCAAACCUUGCUUCCUUCCAGACCCAGACAUAUUUCUUGCAUUUGAUAGCAACAGCGAGGAAACGAGCGAAACGACUUUGGACACGGCCCGGGUGGCCGAGAAGUUCGCCACGCUGGGCUUGACGUGCGACAAGAGCACAACUCCCCCUCCCCCUCAUUUGUGUAGCAUGAACGGCAAUACAAGCGCCAGCCAGAAUGCAGGUUUUGCAUGACAGAGUUGCACAAGAUUGUAGUGCUAUUUGGGCUGCCAGAACUUGUCAUCAUGCGAACAGUGCUAGGAGGCACGGCCUGGAUUGGGCAUUUUGCAUGACAAAUGAGGGGGAGGGGGAGUCGUGCACAUUCAUAUGACGUGCGACAAGAGCACAGAGGAGGUCGGGGUGGAGGACAGUUUCUUCUCGCCUGUCGUCGAGGAACAAACCCAGGGGGCGGCGACUACCAGCUGGAAGUGCUUGCGGUAUAACAAGCAAAUGUACGACCACGGGCUGAAGUCCCAGUGCAGCGCGCGUCCGACUUUGGAAUCCCAGCGGCGGGUGUGCUUCUGCGGGGGAAGGAAACAGCUAUGCACUGCAAAAAUGUCUGGGUCUGGAAUAAUACAAACUUGUGAUGCGCAUUCCAGAACACAGAAGGAUCUCUUAUGCAUAGGUAGCAAAAACUGCCCACUUUCUGUCACCAAAAUGGGGGAUUUGUCAUGCGGAUUCGGCAUUGCGGAAGCUUCUCGAAACCUGUGACGCUAGAGCUUCCAUGCCAGGCCUUCUGUGUCAUGCAAAAACAGCAGGACUCUUCCAGACCCAGACAUAUUUGCAUUUGAUAACAGCGGAAGUUCGAGAAUUCCGCCGACCCGGACCUGCCGUUGAAUUUCAUCGAAACCAAAAACAACGCGUGGAACGCGACGCAGUUCGACGGCAGCGGGGCGCCCGGCUGCAGCGGCAUAGGCGGAUUCAAGUAUUUGUGCGGGGCGGGCAAUGUUUUUAACCGCCCUUUUGAUAACCGAAAGGGAUCCAAGAUCUUCAAGUACGACUACAUUCCCACCACGGACCGAUUUUGCAUGCACACGGGCGACUCCAACAGCUCGCUUCUGCUGCCGUUUUGGCGCGCCGAGUUGUCGGCGUUCUCAGACCAAGUGCAGAGCCAGUUUCCGAUGGGGAAUAACACGAACACUAACAGCAGUACUAGCGGUAAUAAUGCCUUCGCAGCUACUUCUUCCAACACAAGCAACAGCAGCGGCUCUGGUACUAGCGGCAGUGCAGCAACCUUCUUGCGGAAAGUGGCGGACACGUUUUUGGGAAACACAGUCACAGAAGAUGAAGACGAAGAAAAAGGAGAUAGUACAGCAGCAGAUGAUGAGGACCGUAGUAUGCUUUUGGAAAGAAACGAGCAAACGCCGGUGGGAAUCGACAUCUACGAGAUGUUCGGACGGUACGUUUAUGCCUUGCAAAAGUAUCAUACUAGCAGUAAGAUUGCAAGACAGGUUGGCAGCUCAGCAUGACAAGUAGAAACAAAUGGAGUUUGUCAUGCUGAUUUAGAUUAGAAAAGAACUUUGUCAUGCGUGACUGCGAUUACUUUUACUACGAUACUUUUGCAAAGGAUAACGCUGAAGGCUUCGAAAUUUUCUCCGCGGACAUCGAGGGCGACACAGCGUUUGGAAAAUAUCCAAGAAAAAAACUGUGUAAGUUGUGUAUGGUUUGUGCGGCGGACGACGCAAGACAUUCACACUUGUCAUGCUGGAUCUGCAUCACGGGCUAGUUUCGUGCGACGUGUUUUUAGUGAUACUACCUGCGCAUGACAGGUUUUGUUUUUUAAACGCAAAACGAAUUUGAUGUCUUUGUGAUGGUAAUAAUCAUCCAACCGAGCUACUGAUUUAUUGUGCUUUGCAUGGCAAGUUUUCACUUUACUACACUUUUAUUCCUGGAUAGGAACCUGCCGAACGCCAAUGUCUAUUUUGACGACGAACCGAACGUCACGUUUCAGCUCCCGGCGGAGAUUAUGAAAUGCAAAUAUGUCUUGCUCUGGAAGGGUGCGAAUUUGUCAUGCAUAUUUUGUAUGCCCCAAGAGGUCUGCAAUGCAGGACCUAGCAUGACAGGUUCUGCGAAGUCUCUAUCAUAUCUAUCCCGCAUGACAAACUGCCACUACACUUGUUCAAACGUGGACGCUCUUUGGUAAUCAUGCAACACAAAUUUCUGUACUAUCCAGACUUAGCAUGACAAGUAAGACCCAGACAUUUUUGCAAUGCAUAGAGAUCAAGCCCACGGGGACGUGGGUGCCGGUGCAGCGGCGCAUGCGGUCGAUCAAGAUCGAGGCGCCUGGCGUGACAUAUCCUGAGUAAAAACGUACCCACACCAGAGUUGUAAUGCAGAUUUGCAAAGACAGGCAGACUUGUAAUGCGCAUCCCCAUGAGAGCCAUUUCCAAUCGUGUUUUGGAAUUUGUGAUGCUAUGAACAGGAUGAGCAGAUGAAUCUGUGACGCGGCUGUACUUGCUAACCUGCACUACACUGCAUAGCGCAACUUGUCAUGCGUGACUCACAAAACUCCUAGGUUUGUGUUGCAAAAUCCCCAUCCUGACUCUGGUGUGGGUACGUUUUUACUCAGGAUCUGACAAGUUUGUCGUUUUGCGGAAUUCACUUCUACCAGGGGGCCGACCCGGAUGUGCUCCUAUAGAAGAUAACUAUCCUGCUGUGUGAAAACGGCACCACCACUACCUUAGCUGUGCUUUUUUCAGCAGUGAAGUUGAAUCCGAGUCCGGCUAGGACGAGCGUCGAUACCAAAGUCAAUAUAUAAAUCUAAGGAACAAGAAGAAAAGGCAAUCGUAUUGGAGUUGUAGAAGUACUAGAGCACAUGAUCAGCACGAUGAUCUGAAGCAUAGCAACAUGGCUGACAGAUUGGGUAAGAUCACAUCGACUAUCGAAUGCAAAAAUGUCUGGGUCUGGAAGGUUGGAACUUGUAAUGCCAGCUUUCCGUACUUACGAAAUCUGUAUUGCAUAACCAACAAAAGCCGCAGCCUCUUUUGUACAUGCAAACACGCAGUUUCGCAUGCGGAUUGCCUAUGCGACAGCGUUCUGGCAAGUUCUCAUGCUAGGUUGCAUUCGGAACUGCUUCCAUCAUCCACAUUUUAGCAUCACAAGUUUCCAGACCCAGACAUAUUUGCAUUUGAUAUCGACUUAUUCGAAGGUUUUUUUUUGACAAGAGUUUUUCAAAGAAAACGUAGGGAACAACCAUGAUGCAGUCGUCACAUCUGAAUUUUUUACAUAGAUACGCAAUGUCCAAUUUGAAAGUCGCACUAUUGCAGCUCUAUUGGUGCUGCUGUCGUGGGAAGAAGAUACUAGCUUUCGUAUGGGCAUAGAAGGCUGUAAGAUGUUGAUCCCUUGUAUGAUGAUUGGACCGUAGUUUCGAAGAAACCCAGAAGACCAGCAAAGAAACCACGAAAUGUACUAUUGUACAAUGAUAUUGAUCAUGAUCGAAGAUGUUGAUGGGUACUUACAGCUACGUACAACUAAAGGACGACAUCAUAAUCGC